CAGGAUGCAUCGCCGAAAUAUUUCGCGCUUAUUUACCUUAUUUAUAUACUAAUUGUUUUCUGUUAAUUAUGAAUUCAAUCACGCAAAUUUAACAGUAAAUAUGACAGUAAAAUUUUGUGGAAGUUCAGUGAUGUGUUACGAUAGCCUAUUAUUACAACUAAUUAUCAAUUAAUGAUUACGAAUAAAUUAUUUUGUUGAAUAUGUGGAUCAAGCCGUAUGUUACUAAAAAUUAUUGCGCAGUGUAUAGGUAUUUUAAACGGUUAAAGGGGAGGAGAGAUCGUAAUGGACUGUUUAAUAGAUUUAUAUUUAAUUAAACCAUUGUGAUAAUGAUGGGUUUACAAUAGAAGACCCCUAAAGAAGUGGAUGGAAUAAGGAUGCCCCUGCGACAUGUCUUCAUUGCUCAUUUUUGGUACUGUUGCAUCAUUGCUGGUUCCGUCGGAAUUAAAAAAACCAUGGUCUCGGAUAGAUUGGACAACGUGACACAGACAAUCUCCAAGUUGCUAGAAGGAUACGAUAUUCGAUUGCGGCCUAAUUUUGGAGGUGAUCCCCUUCGUGUUGGAAUGGAUCUCACCAUUGCCAGUUUCGAUGCCAUAUCCGAAGUCAAUAUGGACUACACGAUCACAAUGUAUCUAAACCAAUAUUGGAAAGACGAACGACUGGCCUUUAGCACCGAUGAAGAAAUAUUAACACUUUCCGGAGAUUUCGCGGAGAAAAUCUGGGUUCCCGAUACGUUCUUCGCAAACGACAAAAAUAGCUUUUUGCACGACGUUACCGAGAGAAACAAACUGGUGAGAUUAAACGGCGACGGGGCAAUUACCUACGGAAUGCGUUUCACCACAACGCUCGCAUGUAUGAUGGACUUGCACUAUUACCCCCUCGAUUCCCAAAAUUGCACCGUAGAAAUUGAAAGUUAUGGAUAUACAGUUAUGGACGUCGUGAUGUAUUGGAAGGAAACUCCAGUUAGAGGCGUCGAGGAAGCCGAAUUGCCGCAAUUUACUAUAAUAGGUUAUGAGACUAACGACAGGAAGGAACGUCUUGCGACUGGAAUCUAUCAAAGACUUUCACUUUCAUUUAAAUUGCAAAGGAAUAUCGGAUAUUUUGUAUUUCAAACGUAUCUACCCAGUAUACUAAUCGUCAUGCUCUCUUGGGUGUCAUUUUGGAUUAAUCACGAAGCGACUAGUGCUAGAGUAGCUUUAGGUAUCACAACCGUCCUCACCAUGACCACCAUUAGCACCGGCGUUCGCAGUUCAUUACCUAGGAUAAGUUACGUAAAAGCUAUUGACAUAUACUUAGUGAUGUGUUUCGUCUUCGUGUUUGCUGCUCUUCUUGAAUACGCGGCUGUAAAUUAUACGUAUUGGGGAGCAAGAGCGAAAAAGAAGAGCAAAAAGUCAAAGGAAGUCGAAGAGAAAAGGCCAGGGACCAAAUCGACUGAUACAACUUAUCAACCGCACAAUGAAGACAUCAUUGAACUGCAAGACGUUCGCAUGAGCCCUAUAGCAUCAAUCAGAAAUCGACAUAACAGUUCGAAAUCAACAUCUGGUGGUGCCACGGGCGAAGUAGAUCCUUCAAAAUUUCCUCCUAGUUUUCGAAUUUCAAGAUCCGUAGGUUAUGGCUUCAAUCCCCGGUCCACGCCGGGUCUUCGUUAUAGAGGCUCUAAGGGAAAUCCACUUCAUAAACCGAAAGUUUUCCACGUAAUCCGUAAGGGCGCUUGCGCCCUAAAAGCGUCCAUGCCGAAAAUAAAAGAUGUAAAUGUUAUCGAUAAGUAUUCAAGGAUCAUAUUUCCAGUAACGUUUUUGUUAUUCAACGUCGGUUACUGGGCGUUUUAUUUCUUCGAGUGACGAGUACUUUUGCGUAGGUGCAUUCGGUAAAUUUCCUUGAGUCGAAGAUGUAAUUACAGACCUUGUGAUUAAAAUUGUGCGAAUGAAACUGUACAUAGAAGGUAAUGCGUAUAUACAUUUCGAACAAAUGGGAAUAUUGUACAUUCGUAUAUUUUUAUGUUAUAAGAAAAAAAUAUAUGUACCUAUUUAAGAAGAUGUAGGUCGGCAAAAUCAUAUUUUUGAAAGUUGAUGUUUGUUGAGGAUUGUUAAAACACCAAAAAUAGGGAGCGCAAUAUAUACUAUUAUUAUUAUCAUUUAAGGUGUGUGGGAAAAAGUCUAAGAUUUUUAAUUUUUACAAUUUUACAAACAAAAACUACAUCUUUAGAAUUCAGCAGUGAGGUUGAAACCAAUAUCGACAUUGAGUACCACUAUAAAUAGGGUGCAGUGGUACAGUCAGCAGUUAGUUCAGCUUAAAAGCUGGAAUCUCAAAUUUGCUGAGGCGGAUUCUACUGAAUUUUGGGGUAUCCAUCAACUCAUUAUUUCUGGUUAAAAAUAAGUCUUUCUAAAAAGGGAAAAGCGAACCUUCUCCUUGCUAAAAUUUUCAGUGGACUUCUAUAAUCCACUAUUAUAUGUGGUUUAGCGUUUGUUGAAAAGUCAGAACAUGCAACAUCAGAUGUUCUCUUUAAACAUUCGCAUUUACGUAGCGUAUCCAGAAAGUAAGUCUCCCUAUUGUUUUUUUUCUUUUAAAGUAAAAGUAUUGUUCAUGCGGUCCAUGCAACGGCGGCGGCCGCAGACCAACGGUUGAAGGUAAUCGGCCACGAUACAACACUUUCUCUUUUAUUUACACAUUUCCCUCUCUUUAAUUCCACUUCCUAAUUCUAUUAUGCGUAAAAUACACAACAUUUGCUUAUCUAAACGCGCACCUGCUAUAACGCAUCGGUUUACAAAUUAAAUUAAUUUUUAGCGAUAAGCAAUUCUUAUCUACGAAAGGAGAAGAAACAUGAGAUAAACUUUUUAAAUAUGACACAAGUAAUUUUCCUUAUCCUACAACACGUAAAUAAACAAUUAAAUAAACAAAUUACAAUGCGAACAUUUAGACAUCGUCCAUACUACGUAAAUUGUACACAACAAUACUUUUACUUUGAGACAAAAAAAUAGAGACCCUUACUUUCCGGAUGCGCUAGGUAUUUAGCUUUGUCGCCCUUAAACCGACGUUAGAUCUGUCGCCUUUUGAUGUUGUGUGAUAAGAUAGAGGGUAUUGGUAUAGGUAUACUUUAAUUUAAAAAAAAGCACUGAAAAUAAUAACACUCCCGUAAUAGUCGUACCUAGGGCAUUCCUCCCUCGUGACAUUCACGAUCGAAAUGUUUGUUCAUGAAAUAUUAUCCCACAAGAAACGUCAUUUUAGUAAUAUUCGCCUUUAAGUAAAAUUCAACCCCUUACGCUCGUGUGGUACUCACCAAGAGGUGAGCUUUCUUACAUGGGGUUAGUAUCCUUAGUAACAAAUACUCUGGGGACAAGAUUUUGGGGAAGGAUUUACCGCAUACGCUGUUUCGAAGUAUCCAUUUAAAUUUGAGCCCCUCCUCCGUAUUAAGUAAAAUGUAUAAGUUCCAAGAAUAUUUGCCUCGAUAAAUUUACCUAUUAUUAUUAUAUUAAACGAUUAGGGGGCGGUAGCCAUUUUUUUGCUCCUUAAGGGAGCGAUUCUUCAGAAAAGGUUGGGUAAGCUAUGAAUGACUUCUUUUUAUGUCAAGGAAUGACAAUUAUCCUUGCAAUACCACUCGGUAUGGGAAACAUGGGCAACUAUUCACCUGCCUUGAAUUUUUUUGGAGAAAAUGUUCUGGGAGCGAGUUUCUGUCGGGAGAAUACUGCGAGCUUACCCGGGGACGAGUUUUGUUAGUAAUAAACUGGAGGCGAAUCUUUACCGGUGAAACGAGUUUUCCAGGGUGAGUUUACUACACCCCUAAAUUAUCAAUUUUUUGAACUUGCAGUAAGAUAAGAUCCAAAAUAUUCGUCCCCAGAAAAUCCGGUUCUAGAAUAUCCCGCAUCCAAGAAUUGGAUCACGAAAUUCCCGUCUCCGUGACUUAUUCCAGUAUCGUGCAGAAAAUUCAUCCCAAUGACGUCGCCCCUGAAAUAUUAUUUUACUCGAAACGCCCACCCUGUGAUGUACACAAUCAAGAAACCUUGCCGGAAAAUUUACUAAACCUUGAUUCACCUCCAAAAAAAAAUCUUGUAGGUACCUUCCCCCCAAGAACUUGGCUGUAAAAAUACCCGCAUAUUCCACCCGCAAAUUGCCCGCCAGCGCCGUUAUGAAUAAAAUAUGUGGGUCUUGGGUGUAUGGAAUCCUGUAUAAAAGCGUCAACCUCAAGUACUAUUGUAGGCCUGGAGAGAAGUUCUUUGAAUGGUAGACACCCCAUUUGAAAUUAAUAAUUUACUAUUGCUUCUUGGGAACUCAAUUUGACCUAGUUCACCUGAGUAAAAUGGGUUCUGGUUUUUUUAAAUCACUAAAAUACAGGGUUAGGUUUUGGGCUAUUUCAUAACCUAUCUUCAAAAGUAAAGGGUAGACUGAGUUACCGGUCCAAAUUCGGUCGCGAGCCACUGUGCUAACCGAAACACUCGGUCACGCAGUUCAUAUUCAAGUUAGGAUUUAAGACCAUCGACAAUCGCACUGUUUUUUACAGAACCCAAACUAAAAUCUUUACCUGCGUCCCUACCUGGCUGUACAAAUAUUCAAUCGCAACUGACCGGCGGGUAAGUGGUCGCCUGAUCCUGAAUCUUUGCAGGCGGUUUCAAUAUUGUCAAGAUUGUAAGAGGAAAAAUGCCGCAUGGUAUUCGGUCCACAUUUUCCUUGAGUGUGUUUCCAAAGAAGAGUUGCGUUGGUUCUGAACAUAAAUAUAUUUAAGGGACCGAGCAUUCAGGAGCAAAUUUACCGUACACGAAUUUUUAAUUUAUCUGAAAUUCCAAAUUCAAAAACAUUUUACUUUCAAGAAUUUCGGAAAAUUCACCUCCUAAAUAACACAAGUAGGUACGUAUGUACAUUACAAAUACGUAGUACGUACAGCACUCGAUUAACGGACGUACUUGUCACGUACACUUACGGUUCAUGUACGUACAUGGUACGUUAUUUUUACACUACUUUGUACAUGCUAGGUACGUACUUUGUCCUACGUACAUUAGACAUACUGUUGUGUAUGUAUAAUCUACUUGCCCACGUACGGCAAAGUACGUAUCUAGCAUGUACAAUGCAACAAGUGCAAAAAUAAUGUACGUACAUGAACCGUCAAUGUAAGUGAAAUGUACGUCCGUAAAUCCAGUGCUGUACAUACUAUGUAUUUGUGAGAUAUCCUGAGAGUGAAUCUUCGGGAUUAUCCUGUCUUGAAAUUCCCGCAGCACGGAAAUUCACCCCUACUCGCAACGAGGAAUUCUCGUCACCCAAAUCGAUUCGUACCCUACCCUCGUGCUCCAAAGCAAUGUUUACAUUUUACAAUAAAGACAUUAAUGUCGGCAUCCAUUUUAAAGAAGUUUACAUACGACCAUGAAGAAGAUCGCGGAAUGUAAGCGUAUAAAGACCAGACCACUACCGAAGUCUUAAAAUUUCAAACUGCUGCAGCAGGUUAUACUCCAUUGAUGCAUUCAUUUUGGAAGAGAUCUCCUCCUCCAACCAAACUGCACACAAUUUCAGAUUAUUAAUUGUUUUCUACCCCAUUCUACUAGGUUUCUGCAUUGAGGCUAGGUAAUCUUAGACUUUUCCUCCAUCGACCAAAAUUUAUCUUUAAAGCAAUAAAUUUGUCAAAAAUGUGAUGCGUUGCUUGUUAAGAUUGUACCAAAAACGCUUAUGAAACUAUAUAAAUUACGCAUCAGAUUAUUUUUGAAUCGCAAAUCGCCUGCUAAAACUCGAUUGUAUUUAAGGGUGUCAUCCCUAGAUGUGUGCUUCUCUAAUUUAAUAACGGCGAAAUUGUUACGGAUAACCGUAGAGGUAAUAGUUUAAAUCAAAUCUGUAGCGGUACUGUGCAUUGUAGUGGUUCAAAUUAAAACAAACAGAACUUCCAUUGAGAUUUGUAUCAGCUACAAACUAUGACCUCUGCCUAAUUAUUAAAGCAGUAAAAUUGUUUAGCAACAUUAAGAUAAUAAAAAUUAGAUAAAAUACUUUAUAUUUAGGGAUCGAAAUUUGGGUACGAUAUUUAAUUUUUCGUAGCUUGUAAGAUCACAUUUUUCAUUCGGAGAUUUUGUAAAUUAUAGUAUAUUGUUAGUAAGUAAUUCCUUUUUAGAUAGAGCUGUGAAGACUUUUCAUUACUUAUUAAACAAUGUAAGGUAAAUUUCUAUGAAUGUUGAAUGUAUUAAAUUUUAACAGUUCCUGUUCUGAAGUCUAUCUACGUUGAAUGUAACCCCAAGAUUA